AUGACCCCCGUACCGAGAUGUGACAGGCACCGCACACGCAUGCAGGAAACCUCCUCCGAUUUUUCCCCUCCUCCUCCUGGAUGCACCGACGCCGUGUUGCAGCCUCAAUACAUCAUCCGGUUACUUUCCAUGCACAUUCUUCUCUUCCUUACAGUCCUUCCUCUGGUCUCCUCCUUCUCACGACCUCAGUGGAUUCUUCAGCGUGUCCCAGUGGUUCUCCCACAGCAAAGCGAAAGCCGCCCGGCCCCACGCUUCCUGUCUCAAGCACGCCUUGACGUCACCUCCCCGUGUGGCCCGGAAUGCCACAAAAAGGCACCUCGGCCCAACUACUGGGACCUGCGGGAAUUUCUGGCCUAUGAGACUCUUCACGCCAACGGUCAGCUCACAGAGACUGCCAUCGGGAUCUACGGUUAUAACCUGGGGUCCAACAAGAGCCCCGCUUACUCCUUUGGGCCUACUGGGAAAGGCAAACAGUCACACGUCAGACGAAAGCGUCAGAUCUUUGGUCACGAUGGACGUUACAGUAUUGCGGGGCAGCACUUUGUGCUGAAAUAUCCUUUCUCAGUAGCUGUCAAACUGUCCACUGGGUGUUCUGGAACGUUGGUUGGGGAUCGGCACGUUCUAACGGCCGCUCAUUGUGUUCACGAUGGUAAAAACUACGUCAAAGGUGCCCAAAGGCUCAGAGUGGGCUUUCUCAAACCCAAACGAGACUCCCAGUCUUCCAUUUCAAACUUGACCAACUACGUCGAGGGCAGUCCAAACGAGGCCCCGAUCGUGUCUGAGAAAAUGAAGUUCCAGUGGAUUCGAGCUAAGCGCACACACGUACCCAAAGGAUGGAUUAAAGGCAACGCCAACGACAUCGGCAUGGAUUACGACUACGCCCUAUUAGAACUGAAGAAAGCACACAAGCGACGUCACAUGAAGUUAGGCGUGAGCCCUCCUUCUCAGAGGCUGCCCGGGCGUCGCGUGCAUUUCUCCGGGUUCGACAAUGACCGUCCGGGACAGCUGGUGUACCGUUUCUGCCGGGCCGGAGAAGAGACGUCAGAUCUGCUCUACCAGCACUGCGACGCCCAGCCCGGGGCAAGCGGGUCAGGGGUCUACGCCCGGAUGUGGGAUAUACGCCGUCGGCGCUGGGAGAGGAAGGUGAUAGGAGUGUUUUCCGGGCACCAAUGGGUGGAGCGGCAAGGGGCUUCCCAGGAAUUUAAUGUCGCUGUUAGAAUCACUCCUCUGAAGUAUGCUCAGAUCUGCUACUGGAUAAAAGGCAACUUUGUAGACUGUCGAGAAGGUUGA